GAAGGGAGCGUUAUGGCUGGAACCACAUCCGACCAAGAAAUAGCGCAAGAGGAUCCCUGAAAGUCGCAACCCAACCAAUCAAUCGACCAAGUACACCAAAGUACAUCACCAUGUCCGAUAGUACCACAUUCAAGUCAGCCGAGAGCUCGCAACCACAGGGCUUGACAUCGUCACACAUCGAGCGGCUCUCCGAAACAACUCGUGAAGACACUCCAGUUUCUUCUCCGCCCGCGAAGCUUGAUGCUCAUUGGCAGCGAUGCUACGGCUUCGGCAAGCAUUUCUUCACCUAUGUCUUGGCUGAACCGUUGUACCAUGCAGCUCUGCCUACCGCCACGGGCCCGCAGCUUGAUGCUCAAUUGCAGACCUCAAUGACAGACUUUCGAUAUGUGGACUGCCUGCAAAAGGCAUCGGCAAUCGCAGAGUCCGCCGAUCUUUCCCCGCCGCCACAAACCCGACCAGGUGGUCACUUUGCGCAGCUGAUGGAAGUCAUUGGCCUCAUAGCACUUCACGAUUCAACAGAAGCCAAGCGUGAGCUUGCUGGUGCUAUCAGAGGCUCAAGCUUGCGAGGUACUGGUAAGGAGCGUCAAUUUGAGGGCUUCCCGCCGUCUCCUCCCGAAUCUGUGAGCUCGGAUGAGCCCGAGACGAUUCAGAAUGCACCACACCAGCACCAACGAGCCCGCAACCAAGACUUCCACGACGGCAACCGACGCCGAGAGCGUCCUUUGCAAGACAGACGAAUCGGUCAGGAGGUAGUCAGACGAGACGAGCCGAAUAUGGGCGCCUAUGCAACUAGAUUGUACGAGUAUUGCCAGCAGAACGGGCACGGCCUCGAUCAUGAAGCUGUGCAAGCAAGUCAGACUGCUGCAACAUGGAGAGAAGUGGUCAACGUGGACGGUCGCACCUGGAUUGGCGAGGCCAAUACGAAGAAAGCUGCCAGACAUGAGGCAUUCCGCGAUGCGUGUAUCGAGCUGGGCAUUUGAACGCUAGCUGAAUGCAAUUUGGAACGAAGCUCAGGAAGUCUCAGGCGAUUGUUGCUGUGUCAAGCUAGCUCUAAGCCUCAUGCUGCACCGCGCCGAUCGACCAAAACUUGUUUUGCCACCGACA